UAGUGAAAAAAUGACUCAACCAGUAGCUGAUAUUGCCGUUAUUGGACUUGCAGUAAUGGGACAAAAUUUAAUUUUGAAUAUGAACGAUCAUGGAUUUGUGGUUUGUGCAUUCAAUAGAACAGUUCAAAAAGUCGAAGAAUUUCUUGCAAAUGAAGCUAAAGGGACUAAAAUAGUUGGAGCAACUUCUUUAGAACAUAUGGUUAAACUUCUCAAACGGCCUCGUAGAGUUAUGCUUUUGGUAAAGGCUGGAAGUGCUGUCCAAGAUAUGAUUGACAAAAUAGUUCUACUUUUGGAAUCUGGUGAUAUUAUUAUUGAUGGAGGGAAUAGUGAUUAUCAUGAUUCUAAUAGAAGAUUUGAAGAAUUAUCAAAGAAAGGAAUUUAUUUUGUUGGUUCCGGUGUCAGUGGUGGUGAAGAAGGAGCCAGAUAUGGGCCUUCUUUAAUGCCUGGUGGUUCUCCUGAAGCUUGGGAACAUUUAAAACCAAUUUUCCAAGGAAUCGCAGCAAAAGCCCCAGAUGGCCUUCCAUGUUGUGAAUGGGUGGGGACUGCAGGUUCUGGACAUUUCGUUAAAAUGGUUCAUAAUGGAAUCGAGUAUGGUGAUAUGCAAUUAAUUUGUGAAGCUUUCCAUUUAAUGAGUAAAGGAUUAGGACUUGAUUUUACAAAAAUGGCUGAGAUUUUUGAGGAUUGGAAUAAAGGGGAACUUGAUUCUUUUUUGAUUGAAAUUACUGCAAACAUUUUACGUUAUCGUGAUGAAGAUGGAGAGCCAAUGGUGCCGAAAAUACUUGACUCUGCUCAACAGAAAGGUACGGGUAAAUGGACGGGCAUUGCUGCACUUGAAUAUGGAAUUCCUGUUACUUUAAUUGCUGAAGCAGUUUUUGCCCGUUGUUUAUCUUCUCUAAAAGAACAACGUGUUAGUGCUUCGAAAGUUUUACCUGGACCAGUAAAGAAAUCUAAAGAAAUUAUUAAAGACUUGGAAUUAUUUAUUCAUAAUCUUGGACAGGCUUUAUACGCUUCCAAAGUUGUCAGUUAUGCUCAAGGAUUUAUGCUACUUUCUGAGGCGAGCAAUCAUUUUAAUUGGAAUUUGGAUUAUGGGGCUAUUGCAAUGAUGUGGAGGGGUGGAUGUAUUAUUCGUUCGCGAUUUUUGGGACGAAUUAAAAGUGCCUUUGAGAAAAAUCCGAAGCUUGUAAAUUUACUUUUGGAUGAUUUCUUUCUUGAUGCGAUGAAGAAUGCUCAGAAUUCUUGGCGUGAAGUGAUCUCUACAGCCGUUCAACUCGGUAUUCCAAUGCCUGCAUUUAGCGCUGCUUUAGCAUUUUUUGAUGGUUAUCGUUCUGAAGUUUUACCAGCUAAUUUAUUACAGGCACAACGUGACUAUUUUGGUGCUCAUUGUUAUGAACUUCUUUCUAAUCCAGGGAAUGCUUUACAUACAAAUUGGACAGGAAAAGGAGGACGAGUUACAUCGAAUGCUUAUUCUGCUUAA